CACACACACACACACGCGGAGGGUUGCUGAUAUUUCCUGCUGGAACAAUCCGCUGUUUUGGGGACUACUUUGCGCGGUUGUGAGCGCUGCGGAGGUUUCGUGCAGCCCGCUGACAUGCAGCACAACCCGGCAGUGAGUGUGUGAGCUGCUGCAGGUUGAAUGUAAAGUUUGGACUCCAGCUGCUGCAUGUGAGGAGGAAACUUUCUGACACACACAGAGAGGAAGAGAGAGAGAGAGAGGAAGAGGAGAAAGUUUGUAGCUGUUCGCUGUUUUCUUGUUGUUGGUGGUGAAGCAGCUGCAGGAUGUCUGACUCUGCCUCCAGUUUCCUUCACAUCGGGGAUAUCGUGUCCCUGUACGCCGAGGGGUCAGUGAACGGCUUCAUCAGCACCCUGGGGUUGGUAGAUGACCGCUGUGUGGUUGAACCAGCUGCUGGAGAUCUGGAGAAUCCUCCAAAGAAGUUCAGAGACUGCCUGUUCAAGGUGUGUCCCAUGAGUCGGUACUCAGCUCAGAAACAGUUCUGGAAAGCCAAACAAGCCAAACAUGAGAAGGACAAGAUCGCCGACGUGGUUCUGCUGCAGAAACUACAGCAUGCGUCCAACCUGGAGCAGAAGCAGAACGAGACAGAAAACAAGAAAGUCCACGGAGACGUUGUCAAAUACGGAACUGUUAUGCAG